GAUCUUAAGCUAAUAUUCGUUGCAGAUUGUUGAACUCCAUCAUCUAAUGGCUUCUUCAUCGAAACGUGAAAGGAUUUACCAUGUGUUCUUAAGUUUCAGAGGCAAGGACGUCCGGAACAACUUUCUCGAUCAUCUCCAGAGAGCUCUUGACCAAAAAGGAAUCUACACUUAUGUUGAUAGCAAGGAGCUCAGGAAAGGAGAGCAAAUAACGCCGGCGCUUAUGAAGGCGAUCGAGGAAUCACAGAUCGCGAUAAUCAUUUUCUCUGAGGAUUACGCUUCCUCAUGGUGGUGUUUGGAAGAGGUGGCGAGAAUCAUGGAGUGCAAGAAAGAAAGAGAUCUCAUGGUCUUUCCCUUGUUUUACAAAGUGGAACCUAGAGAAGUGAGAACACCAAGAGAGAGGUACGGAGAAGCUAUGAUCAAGCAUGAGUCCAAGUUCGGGAAGGAUUUGAAGGAAGUGAAGAGAUGGGAGAAAGCUCUUUUCGAUGCUGGUAACUUGUCUGGGUGGCAUUUGAAAGAUGGAGAUGAGUCAGAGCUUAUACAAAGAAUUGUGACGGAAAUCUCCACUCACCUAGACCGAACACUUUUGCAUGUUGCUACACAUCCGGUUGGGAUAGAUUCCCGAGUGGUUAAGUUAAAAUCAAUGUUAAACCUUGAGUUUGAUGAUGAUGUUCUCAUGGUGGGAUUGUGGGGACAAGGAGGCAUAGGAAAGACGACUUUAGCCAAAGCCAUUUAUAAUGAUAUUUUCAAUCAAUUUGGGAAUUCAUGUUUUUUGGCAAAUGUUCGAGAAGUUUCAAAAGAUUACAAGGAUUUAGUAACUUUGCAAGAAAAAUUACUAUUUGAGAUAUUAGCACUGAAAGAAAUAUUAGUAGUGUCCAAUGUUGACAAAGGUAUUAAUCUAAUACAAGAAAGACUUUGUCACAAAAGAGUUCUCCUUAUCCUUGAUGACGUGGAUGACUUGCGCCAGUUACAUGCUUCAGUAGGAGAAGGUAAGUGGCUUCGUAAUGGGAGUAGGAUCAUUGUUACUACAAGAGAUAGCCAUUUGUUAACUUAUCUCGGGAUAGAUCAAUAUCAUGUGUACGAAGUUAGAGAACUGGAUGACAGUGAAGCUCGUGAGCUAUUUAGUAAGCAUGCUUUUCCGACACACCAAAAUUUUAAAAUCAAGACAGAUCUAGUGGAUAGCGUUCUAAAUCAUGCUAAAGGUCUUCCUUUAGCACUUGAGGUGCUAGGUUCCUUCUUACGCGGUAGAAGAGAAUAUGAAUGGGAAAGUGCACAGGAUGAAAUUUCUACGGCUCCUAAAAAAGGCAUCAAUGAUGUGCUCAAAAUAAGUUAUGGUGGACUAGAGCCAAAAGUGAAAGAGAUCUUUCUCCACAUUGCCUGCUUCUUUAAGGUUUGGGAUAGUGAGUAUGUAAAGAAAGUUCUCAAUAGUUGCGAUCUUAAGGCAGUGAUAGGAUUACAAAUUCUCAUAGAGAGGUCCUUGAUAAGAAUUGAGUGCCAGAACAUACAAAUUCAUGACUUGAUUCAAUUGAUGGGUAUGGAUAUUGUGAACCAAGAAAGCGAUGAUCCUGGGAAACACAACAAACUAUGGCUGUAUGAUGACGUUGUCGAUGUUCUGUCAAGUGACAUGGAAGAUUGUGUUGUAAAAGCCAUAGUGGUGGAGCCACUUGAGCCAACAGAAAUAUGUAUUUUUCCUGAUGAUUUAACAAAAAUGAGAAGGUUGAGAUUGCUCAUUUUGCGAAAUGUGCAUAAUUCUUUCCAAGGUCCUAUAUGUCUUCCUAAUGAGCUAAGAUGGUUUCGAUGGAAUGGAUGUGCUCCUCAGAUUCCAAAAUUUUCCUCUGGUAGAAAGAAAUUAGUGGGACUUGAUAUGAGCAAUUACAGUAUCACAGUAGUGCCAAAUCAAUUUAAGGGCUUCCAAAAUUUGAAGUACAUGAAUUUCAGUUACUGCGAGUCGUUGGUUCGCAUGCCUGACCUCUCGUUUACUCCAAAUCUCGAGGAAUUGUAUAUGCAUAACUGCAAAAGCUUGGUAGAAGCCCAUGAGUCCAUUGCAUAUCAUGACAAGUUACAGGUGUUGGAUUUAAGGGAGUGCCUUGAACUUAGUGUUUUUCCAAAUGAGCUGAAGUCAAAAAAUCUCCGACGUCUCCAUCUUGAAAAAUGCACAAAAUUUGAAAGAUUCCCUGAUAUUCCACAUAAACUCAAAGGCUUGGGAGAGCUUUAUUUACAAAUGACCGCUAUUAAAGAGCUUCCUACAUCAAUAGAAAAUCUUGUCUCUUUGAACCAAAUGUACAUACAAAAUUGCAAGAACCUGGAACAUGUUCCAUCUAGCAUUUAUAAACUACAAAACCUUCAUUGCUUGGAAGUUAGCUCUUGCACCAAUUUAAUUGGGUUUCCAAAGUAUGAGGACUCAGCUGAUCCGUGCAUGAAGACUGGACUUCCAAAGUCAUACAGUUUAGACCUCUCAGGAUGUAAUUUGUCCAAAGUAGAGUUUCUUGAGAAUCUUUCCUGUUUUCCCGUCUUGGAAAGUUUAUAUCUGCAGAGGAACAAUUUUACUAGUCUUCCUACGUCCAUCACUAAGCGUGAUCAUUUGUGCCAGCUGAAUGUUAGAAAAUGCCAUCAAUUACGAGAGAUUCCCGAGCUUCCACCACUUUUGAUUUCUUUUCAGGCGGAUGAUUGCGAAUCUCUGCAAAAAUUUGGAGAUUUAACUUCAUUUCGCCAUCUUGUCCGUAGAAAGUUGACCAUGGCUAAUACUUCCCCACUUGACCAGAAGUUUCGUAAUUACCCUGGUUACCUAAUUACUCUCCCAGGAGGAGAGAUGCCAGAGUGGGUUCUCCCUGUUGAAGAGGAUUCCGUAUCUUUUAUGGCUUCAGAGGACUUGUAUGACAAGUUUUUUGGAUUUGCUCUUUAUAUCGCUUUCGGUAAUGGUGACCAGACAAAGAGAUGCCCUUUUAUGCUUCAACCACAUGUUAAUGGUGAUCCUCGGAGUUACCUUGUACCAUAUUUCGAACGCUUUGGGUCGGAAUCGGAUCAUAUCUGGCUUGAGUAUUUUGAACCAUUUGAGCUGUGGCAAGAAGUUGAUUUUGGUCAAAUUGAUGGGAGUUACGCACAAUUUAGCAUAAGACUCUCGGGUGAAAACGUGAAAAAGUGAGGAUUCCGAAUAAUAUGCAAGUCACUAGAAGACGAUUUAAAGGUUAUUCUUCGAGACAAUCAGCUAAUGGAUCCAGCUUUACUCUACGAAA